CCGGGCCGCGGGCGCGCCCCCCUGCCGCGACUGCGGCGGCACCGGCGCGCCGCUCGCGGUGCGGCUGGACGUGCUGGACGGAUACCGCGGGGGCGUGGCGGGCGCUCCCGACUGGGUCUGCCCAGGCUGCUGGCUGGCUUCCCCCCGGGCUCCCGACCCGCACCUGGACAUCGCGCGCACUGGCUUCGGCUUCGAGGUCCUGCAGCAGGUGAUGCUGAUGCGGGCCGCUGCGCGCGCGGCUGCCGCGGGCGAGCCCGAGCCCUCGGAGAAGAGCCCGGAGCCGCCGGAGAAGGUGGCCGACCAGCCGUGGCAGCACCACAGGCUCCGCGUGGUGUGGGACGCCAGCGACCGGGACGCGGCGGCGCUGGCGCGGCUGCUCUGCGACGAGUUCGGGGCCUUCCUGUGCUUCGCCGAGCUGCACGACUCGGCGGCGGUGGCGGCCGUGGUCGCCGAGAACCCAGAGGUCCCCGCCGACGAGGUGGCGCGGGAGGGCGGCCUCUCCGCCGUGCUGCCGGAGGGCAUCUUCGUGAACGGCUGCGAGGAGCACCCCCAGGUCCUACUCUACGAGCUGCGGUACCUCCUCACGGUGGCCCCCCCGGACCGGGCGGAGCUGGCCAGGUUCGAGCACGAGGUGCAGGGCCCCCUCGCCGCCCUGCGGGCGCGGCACGAGGCCGGCGGCUCCGCUGCCGGCCGGUGGUGGCACAGCGAGGCGGCGUUUGCCAUCGUGUCCAGGUCCAUGGCGGAGCACAAGAUGUGCAUCGUCGACGGGUUCUUGGAUCCACAGGAGGUCUGCGCGCUCCGGCGGACCGCCGAGCAGCUGCACGAGGGCGGGCACCUGGAGCGGGGCAUCGUGGAGCAGCGGCACGCCGACCGGAGCUACUUCGGCGAGGAGUCCGAGAACAAGGGCGACUUCCUGAACAUCAGCGACAAGCCUCGGAAGUGGACGGUUCAGGGCGACCAGCGCAUUUGGAUUAAUGACUCAGAUGGCCGUGCAGGGAGCCUGAAGAUUCUGACCGGAGCGCUGGACGAGUUUUUGACCUCGUUGCGACGCUCUGGCAGCGCGGACCCGAAAGUGGCCAGCAGGCUUCGGCGAAUCUCGUUCCGCGAGAACACAAUGGUUGCGCUCUACCCUGGAAAUGCGCGGGGGAGGUAUAUGAAGCAUUCCGACACAGGACGUCGAGCAGUCCUGACUGCCCUGUACUACCUGAACUGUGACUGGCGCCCUGAGCACGGCGGAGCGCUGCGCCUCUUCCACAGCACGCCCCCGACUCGUGUUCGCCGCGACGUCGCGCCACUUGCGAACCGCCUGCUCCUCUUCUGGGCGACCGAGGAGUGCCCCCACGAGGUCCGCCCGGCAUGCCGCGACCGCUUCGCGAUGACGACGUGGUUCCUCGACGGCCGGCAGCACUUCGAGGCGGAGGCCGGGGGCGGCGCAGCGCGGCUCGCCAACCUCCUGCGCAACGCCAACGUCAUCGCGGGCGGCAGCGACGACGAGGCCUUCGAAGGCCCCGCCGCGCCGAGCCGCGACGGGCCGCCGGCGCCCCUGGACGCGGAGCUGCUGCGGAAGCUGCGGAUCGCCUGCCGCCACCAGGCGCUCGCCGAGGCGGAGGCGCGGAGCCGCCCCUGCGCGCACUGCGGGGCCUCGGCGCCCCCGGAGCUGACCGCGCCCACGGCCGCGGAGCGGGCCGCCGCGCUGACGUCCGCGGCCGCGGCCGCGGCGCUCCUCGGCGUCGACCUCGGCGGCGCCGACCUCGCCGGCGCGGGUGCGGGCAGGCUCGGCGGCGGGGAGCACGAGGACCUGUGGUACUGCCAGGCCUGCUGGGACGCCCGGGGCGAGGAGGGGCGCCGGCGGGAGCGGCAGAGGGAGCAGCACGAGGAGCUGCGGCGGGAGCAGGAGCGCCUGUGGCGGGAGCGGUUCGCCUGCUCGCCCUGAGCGGAGCGGCUCGGAGGAGAAACAGCGCCAUAUCCCUAAGGAGGCUGUGGACCGCGUCGGGUUGCCCGCUCGAUGGGCAGUCGAGGUGGAGGACUGGCGGUCGAGCUUCGCCCGCUCGCCCGCAUGAUUGGCAGUCGAGGCGAAGCAUUGGCGGUCGAGGUUCGCCCGCUGGCCCUGCAUGAUGGGCAGUCGAGGUGAAGGACUGGCGGUCGAGGGUCGCCCGCUGGCCCUGCAUGAGAUGGGCUGUCGAGGUGAAGGACUGGCGGUCGAGGGUCGCCCGCUCGCCCUGCAUGACGGGCAGUCGAGGUGAGGUCGGGCGUCGUGCGGUCGGGCGGCCGCGUGCGCACAGCCGGUCGGGAGCUCGCUGCGUGCCCCGGGCGUCGGCGUCGGGCCAGCACGAAGGGCGAGCACUCGGAGGGGGCAGGAAGGAGGGGCGCCGCGAGGCGCGAGGUCGGUCUGCGAGCUCCUGUGGGCUCGCGGUGCAGAAGAGCCGUCGGCCACGGACCAGCGUGCCAGAUCGGACGGCGUCCGAGAGUGGAGGAGGCCUGAAACUUGCAUGACGCGCUGGCCGACUCGUGCACGGCGGCGGAUCUGGAACACAACAUGCGGCAAAGUUGGACGGCGAGACAUGCUGCUGCAAUUGCAAAUGCGUAGGUUACGGUGAAAGUUGUUCCCUCCUGGUUUGCACAUGUUCGGGUACGUGGACGCAUUGGCGUGGUCGCUUCUAUCUUUGUCAUUGCUGUAUCGAGUCUAGCUUACUGUGGGACCCGCUUGCUAUCGCCUGUGAGCUCGCCG